UGUGACAUCACUGGGCCUGCGGUGUCGUCAUUUCCGGGGUGACGGUUAGUAUUUCGCGCACGGAGCAACGGAGCAGGUUCUGAUACGGUGUUGCACUUACGAGACAACCAUGGAAAACCAACAAAUGGACAUCUUAACAAAGGUGUUGGAGCAGUCGGCCAAGCUGGUGGAGGAGAAGGUGGAUGCUCAGAUCUCCAAACUGAAUGAUAUGGAUGAAGAUGACUUGGAGAGGCUGAAGGAGAAGCGGUUAGAGGCACUGAAAAAAGCCCAAAAACAGAAGCAGGACUGGUUGUCUAAAGGCCACGGGGAGUACAGAGAAAUCUCAAGUGAGAAGGAUUUUUUCCCUGAGGUCAAGGACACCAAGAAUGUUGUCUGCCACUUCUAUAGAAAUUCCACUUUCAGAUGUAAGAUCCUCGACAAACACUUGGCCAUCUUGGCAAAGAAGCACGUGGAGACCAAAUUCAUCAAACUGAACGCAGAGAAGGCCCCGUUUCUGUCAGAGAGGCUGCGGAUCAAGGUCAUUCCUACUCUGGCUCUGGUGGUCGACGGCAAAACGAAGGACUACGUGGUUGGAUUCGGCGACCUGGGAAACACAGACGAGUUUUCCACAGAGAUGCUGGAAUGGAGGCUUGGCUGUGCAGAUGUCAUUAACUACAGUGGUAACCUGAUGGAGCCCCCCACAUCGUCGCAUAAAUCGGGCACGAAAUUUACAAAGUUGGAGAAGAAAACCAUCAGAGGACGAGGCUACGAGUCAGAUUCAGACUCUGAUGACUGAAAAGCACCGACGGUCACAUGGUUUUCUCUCUAGGGCUACCUCAUUCCAAGAAUAAGAGUUCAGCAGAAAAAAGCCCACUUUAGUUUUCCUUCUAAGGUUACCCCUCUCCACAUGUCGGUAACCUAUUCUUUGCCACGUUCCAUAUUUAAUUUACAAAUUAUGAUUGAUUUGGCCUUAUUUUCUUAUUUUUGUCAUGUCUUUGUCACGUUCAAAAGUCUUUAGGCCAUUUGUCGAGAUGUGUAGGUUGUUAUGGUAAUUAUUAAAAGGUUUAUUUUUAAGUCACUUCCCGAAAAGGAGCAGGUGGCUGUUUCACAAGAGCAGAAUUAAAAGUCCAUAGUUUUAAGAAUCAGUGACAGCAGAUUGUGACAAAAAGAGCCCGAGCACUACAGGUUUUCUUACUUAUUGGUGUAAAUAAGCCUUUGCUUUAAAAUGCAAAACAUACACUGUGACUGUUUUGUCCAUUUGGGCUACUGUAGAAGAAGUGAAUCACAAGAUGGUGGCCUCUAUAAAGCAAGUUUCUUUAAGAAAUGAGUUGAUGGAUUUGAACGCGUAACCCACUGACCUGGAGUCGAGAUGCUCUACCGUUGCACCACAGAGCCUGUUACGCAUGUAAGCCAACAGAGGCUUGUUGCAUGAAUGGGGUGAAGUCUGCCAUCUCUGAUUGCCUUGUAAAGUUAUUAAGUUUUUAUUCUGUGUUUCCAUGUAACCGUUUGUCUCAUGUCUUACAAAUAAUGCGAGUGCCAAGAUCUUCCUAAAGCAACAGAUAAUACAUUUUCACGAAACACAACUUUUUUCUUGUAGCAAGAGUGACUCAACUAAUGCAAACUUAUUAAAGAGUAAAAACCAA